UCAAAGUUUUUCAGGGAGCUACAGCUCUAGGCGUGAAUACACUGAACAAUAGAAGUGAGCAUUACGGUACGACAUUAUCGACGCGUGACUCUGACAUUCGCGGUACUUACGGUAAUGACGCUCUACGCUGCAGACUGAAAACAGUUCCUGUUUACAUUUGCUGUCAAACGUGAUUUUUAUGCCUUGUUUAUUGGAAGGAACUUCAGUUUAAUAGCAUUUAGGUUAUAAUCGACGUGAGAAGAUUGAUUUAGAUCGCCAUCAAUCAUAUACAGCUGGCAUAUAUGUCUCACCGGCCCUCUGGCCAAGAUUGAUGUGUGCAAUCGUCGGAUAUCUGCGAGGGAAGCCAAUGUCUGUGUCCGCCCUGCGAAUGAUCCGCGUCCGGAGGCUGAGCACCACCGGACCUGCUGUGAAGAGAGCACUGCCAUGGAGAGAUCUUAGAAAAAUAGCAAAAGUGACCGGAGCAAUAGUAUUGGGAGGCUGUGUUUUCAUCACAUAUGAGGUGGUUACUCUCAACAAGGCCGUCACUAUCGACACCAGUGCAAUACUACAGGAGAAGCACAAGUCCUACAUCUACCUGACUCACGCCACUAAUAGGGAACAGGAGAGUCUUGCUUCUGGCCUCACUAUCAAGACCAGGAAGGAGCUUCAUAAGGCAGCUAGAAAGUUUCUUGAAAUUACAUCAAGAGUUCUGCGUCGCCCACUGGACGAGCGUCUCAGUCAUCUAGACGCAGAUCCUCAUGAAUGUGCUCUAUGGGUGCUGCUGAAGAGAACCUGCUCUGCCGACCGGGCCGUGAGAGAGCAAGCUGUGCAGGAACUGGCCCAGAAUCACCACUGGCAGGAUUAUCAAUACCAGACUGCAGCACAGGUGGUAGAUCAGCGCACAUCUGUGGCUCUCGCCCGCAUACCUAACGUGGACCUGCGCUUCUUUCUCCCUCCUCCUUUACUGCCACACACUGAUGAUGAUAUAUCAAUAGAAGAUGGACUUAGGCAGUUACUGGCAUCUCUGCCCCAGUCGGAGGUGGAUCAGUGUGUGCAAUACUUCACUUCCCUGGCACUUAGAGAGAGCAGCCAAUCGCUAGCCUCUCAACGGGGAGGGCUGUGGUGUUUUGGAGGAAAUGGGUUGCCCUACGCCCAAAGUCUCACUUCUACCCCCUCUGAGAAGGUGGAGACGUUCUGCCUGCAGGCCCUGGUGCAGCACUCAAAGGUCUGGAGUCAUUGUGACCACAUUGUUGCUAAUGGAGGACUGCAGCUCUUACAAAGAGUCUACCAGCUUCGUAGAGACUCUCCAAAAAUUCAACGCAACAUUGUGCGAAUUAUUGGAAAUCUCGCCCUGAAUGAGAGUGCGCACACAGCUAUAGUGCAGUCAGGUUGGGUGUCUGUCCUAGCUAAGAUGAUCCAGUCACCACACAUCAUGCAGGCAUCUUAUGCUGCCCGUGCUUUAGCCAAUUUGGACAGAGAUGCAGUUAGGGAGAAGUACCAGGAUGGUGUUUACAUUUUGCACCCACAAUGCCGCACAAACCAGCCAAUCAAAGCUGAUGUUCUCUUCGUGCACGGCCUCUUGGGAGCAGCUUUUAAAACAUGGCGUCAAAAGGACCUUGACGUGACAGAUGAUGACAAGGUGGAAGGGGUCCGAGAGGACUACACUGAAUGCUGGCCCAAGUCAUGGUUGGCUGCAGACUGUCCAAACCUCAGAAUCCUGUCUGUCGAGUAUGAUACCCAUUUAAGUGACUGGAAGGCUAAGUGUCCUGCUGAAAACCAAAGAAAGUCCUUGGCCUACAGGAGUCAGGAACUGCUGAGGAAGUUGAAGGAUGCAGGUGUAGGGGACAGGCCUGUGAUCUGGGUAGCCCACAGUAUGGGAGGUUUACUUGUGAAAAAGAUCCUCUUAGAUGCCUCAAAAGAUCCUGAUCUCAGUGCACUGAUCAAGAACACGAAGGGAAUUCUGUUCUACAGUGUUCCUCAUCACGGCACAUUCAUGGCUGAGUAUUCCGUAAAUGUCCGAUACCUCCUGUUUCCUUCCAUUGAAGUGAAAGAACUAUGUAGAGACUCUCCAGCUUUACGGGACUUGCAUGAAAAUUUUCUCAGCAUUGCAAAGGAUCGAGAGUUCAAGGUCCUUAGCUUUGCAGAAACACUGCCAAGUUCCAUUGGGCCAAUGCUCAAAAUAUUGGUAGUUCCACCCCAGUCGGCAGAUCUGGGUAUUGGGGAGCUCAUCCAGGUAGACGUUGAUCACCUCAACAUCUGCAAGCCAGAAAAAAAGGACUCGUUUCUCUAUAAACGUACUUUACAAUUUAUUCAGGAUGCUCUUGGAGGACAGAGAAUUAAGUGAACUCCACAAUCCAAAACUAAUCUCUUGUCAUGUCAUUGCCGUUGUCAUUGCCAAUUUAAAAUAUAUAUAUAUAUAGUGUUACUGUACAUUUGACAGAAUGGAAGUUCUAAAAGUGCAACUGGAACUUUUUUUUUCAUGAUCCAUCAACUAUUUCCUGUCCCUUCAUUUGUGAAAUGGAAACACCACUGACCUUUCACUUUUAUUUUUUUCUUUACAUUUUCCAAUAUGAAUAUGCUUUGUCAAAACAUCUGGUUUUACCUUUUGACGUGUUUUACCCACUUCACCAUUGCCUUGUACUGUAUUUCACUUCAGUUAUUUUAAAUGAGAACUUUUCAGCAUUUAUUUGAACUGGAAGCUAUGACAAAAAAUAAUGAGGAUCAAGUUUAUUAUGUUUACUAUGACACAUUUUAAAUGUCACUUAUAGAAAGUCCAGUUUAUUUAUUAUUUUUGGAUGAAAAAUAAAUAUUUAGUAACAGACUAAAAACUAGCCUUAUUUUCUUAACUCACCAGCCUUCUUUGUAUCCCUACCUCAGACACAGGUUGGUAGUGAUGUUGGCUGUGAUUUGACAAUAUUUUUUGUACUGAUGGAUUAAUUGUAGUACUUGCAUAGGACCAUACUACAUUUAUUCUGAUGGUGACUACUGUAUGUCAAAUAAUAACUGUCAAAUCUUUAUUACAUUGUUGAAUAAAGCACUUAAAUCGUA